GGGACCACUGCCUCUAAAAUGAGUCUCUCUGGGGAGAGAGAGGAGGGGACCACUGCCUCUAAAAUGACUCAAGACACCAGUUCUAAGAGUGUCCAGAAGCCCAGAGCAGAGUCACCUGCCCCCAGCCUGUUAUCAAUGAAGAGUGAUCAGCCACCUGCUUUCAGCCAGGAACCAUUACCAGAUGACAAUAAGGAAGUGGAGAGUUUGGACAGUGAGGAUGCAUUAAAGAUCACACACAACCUUCUGGACAGAAGAAGUCAAACUCUUCUGACAGUCCAACAAGACAUUAAGGCUAAACUGAAACACAAGUAUCAACACAUAUCUGAAGGAAUUGAACACCAUGGAAACCAAAGUCUGUUAAAGGACGUCUACACAGAGCUCUACAUCACAGAGGGUGGAAGUGGAGGGGUCAAUUAUGAACAUGAGGUGAGACAGAUAGAGAUGGCAUCCAAGAAACAAACCACACAAGAGACACCAAUCAAAUGCAACGACAUCUUCAAGCCUUUACCUGGACAAGACAAACCUAUCAGAACUGUGCUGACAAAAGGAAUCGCUGGCAUUGGAAAAACAGUCUCUGUGCAGAAGGUCAUCCUUGACUGGGCAGAGGGAAAAGCAAAUCAGGACGUUCAUUUCAUGUUUCCUCUUCCUUUCCGUGAUCUGAACCUGAAAAAGGACCAAUACAGUCUGAUGCAACUUCUUUCCCACUACUUCUCAGAGCUGAAAGAGAUUGACAACAUUGAAGAUGGUGAAACCAAAACUGUUUUCAUUUUUGAUGGUCUGGAUGAGUGUCGACUUCCUCUAGACUUCAAAAACAAUGAGAGGUGCUGUGAUGUCACGAAGCCAACCUCAGUGGACGUGCUGCUGACAAACCUCAUCAAGGGGAAUCUGCUUCCCUCUGCUCUCCUCUGGAUAACCUCACGGCCUGCAGCAGCCAAUCAGAUCCCUCCUGAGUGUGUUGACCAGGUGACAGAGGUACGAGGGUUCAAUGAUCCACAGAAGGAGGAGUACUUCAGGAAGAAAAUCACAGAUCAGAAUCUGGCCAAUGAAAUCAUCAAACACAUGAAGACAUCAAGGAGCCUCCACAUCAUGUGCCACAUGCCAGUCUUCUGUUGGAUAUCAGCCACUGUCCUUGAGAUUAUGCUGAAAGAGGCAGAGAAGGAUGAAGUCCCCAAAACUCUGACCCAGAUGUUCACACACUUCACGCUCAUCCAAAUCACUGUGAAGAACAAGAAGUACAACAAAGCCACAGAGACAAACCCAAAGGAACUGUCUCAGUCAGACAAAGAGAUGAUCCUGAAACUGGCAAAGCUGGCUUUCCAACAGCUGCAGAAGGGCAACCUGAUCUUCUAUGAGGAGGACCUGAGAGAGUGUGGCCUUGAUGUCACAGAGGCAUCAGAGUACUCAGCAUUGUGUACAGAGAUCUUUAAAGAAGAAUCUGGGCUGAACCAAGAGAAGGUCUACAGCUUUGUGCAUCUGAGCAUGCAGGAGUUUCUAGCAGCAGUGCAUGCUUUAGAAUCAUGUCUGGACAAGAAGGAAAAUGUUUUCCCCCCCAAAGCAGUCACUAGUGAUAGUGAUGAUGAUUCCUCUGACGAUGACUAUGAUGAAGAAGCCACUCCAACCCUACUCCAAAAUGUCAUCACACAACAGGACAGAGACAUGAAGUCAGACCCGUUGUAUGACUUACACAGGAGAGCAGUGGACCAGGCCUUGAAGAGUGAGAAUGGACACCUGGACCUGUUCCUCCGCUUCCUUCUGGGCCUCUCACUGGAGUCCAAUCAGAAUCUGUUACGAGGCCUUCUGACACAGACAGGAAGUACAACACAGAGCAAUGAGGAAACAGUCGAGAGAACAGUCAGGUACCUUUCAGACAAGAUCGAAAGGGAAUCCUCACCAGAAAGGAUCAUCAACUUGUUCCACUGUCUGAAUGAACUUGGUGCCAACUCUCUAGUUGAAGAAAUGCAAACCUCCCUGCGAUCAGGAACUCUUUCAGAAACAGACCUAGAACUUCACCAAUGUUCAGCCCUGGCCUACCUGUUACUGAUGUCAGAGGAGGUGCUGGAGGAGUUUGACCUGAAGACAUACACCACAUCAGAGGAAGGUUAUCAGAGGUUGCUGCCGGUAGUGAAAACCUGCAAGAGAGCACUGUAA